AUGUUGGCUGAGAGACAGCUAGGGAUGCUCCCCAGCACUAUAGAGUCAAACCUGAGGGAGCAUGUCAAGGCUAUCACCUUGAGAUCAGGUAAGGAGUUAACUAGCUCUUUACCUAUGGUUGAUGAUGAUAUUGUUAUACAGGAUGAGCCAGCCAGAGAGGAGCCCGAAGCUAAGGUGAUAGAGCUUGCACAAACCGAGGACAAGAAGAAGUGUCCUCUGAGAGAAUACCAGCUGCCAAUUCCAUAUCCUGCCAGGUUGAAGCAGGAAAAGGUUAACCAGCAGUUUAGUAAGUUUUUAGGUUUAUUUAAGCAGUUGAGUAUUAACCUACCUUUUGUUGAGGCUAUAUUGCAGAUGCCCAGUGAUGCUUUAGCUGACUUAGGAGCUAGCAUCGAUUUAAUACCUAGCAGUUUGUUUGAAAAGUUAGGUUUGAGUGAGCCAAAACCCACUAGGAUGAGCGUACAGUUAGUGGAUAGAACUAUGAAAUUUCCUAGGGGGAUAGUUGAGGAUGUACUUGUUAAAGUAGACAAGUUUAUAUUUUCUGUUGAUUUUGUUGUUAUGGAUAUGGAGGGUGAGAGUAGCGUACCUUUAAUCCUAAGUAGACCUUUUCUUGCAACAUCUAGGGCUGUUAUAGAUGUGGCAUUACAGGCUGAGGAUGAGGAGGAGUUGUCUAACGAGGAUGUGUUAGAACAACUUGCUUAUUUGCUCACUAGUGAGCCUAGUAGGCCUGCUGACCAUUUCAUUGAUAUUGACAGGUCAAGGGUGCAGAAAUUGAGACCUUCACUUGAGGAGCCACCAGCCCUAGAGUUAAAGGAGUUGCCUAAGCACUUGACCUAUGCCUAUCUGGAUGAGGUGGAGAAGCUGUCGGUGAUCAUUGCAACUGAUUUGACUCUUGAGAAAAGGGAGAUGACUUUAGCUUCCCUCAGGAAUUAUCCUUAG